AUGGCUCCCAAGAAGGAAGGAAAGCUCAAGGCUUCAGCGCCUCCGAGGGCAGCCCAGCAGAUACCGAACUGGCCUGCAUUCACGCCCUUGAUCCCAGAAUCAGACCUCUCGCUGCAGGAGGCGCUUCCUGGACAGAUUGUCACAAUACCAAACUUCUUCACCGCGACGUUGUGCAAGAACUACGUGUCAUUUCUUUCUGGUCUGCCAUUGACUACAACGCCUGGCAAGCCAAAGAAAGGUGACGCAGUGCGAGUCAAUGACCGUUAUCAAAUUGAUGAUCCCGCUUUCGCUGAGAGGCUGUGGAGUGGAACAUCUCUGAAAAACCUGGUCACCGGCGUUGUGGCCGGCGAGGGGCUCAACCUCUCCGAUCAUCAACGGAAAGAGCUAUGGGGCGGCGAGGUCAUCGGUCUCAAUCCUAAUAUUCGCAUAUAUCGAUACUCGAAGGGUCAGUUCUUCGACCAACAUUACGAUGACUCCAACAACGUAUUUGUCCCAGGCUCACCGCCAAUUCCUGGACGCACGACGUGGACACUGCUUUUGUAUCUCACGAGCCCUGCAACGGGGUGCGUCGGGGGUGAGACUGUGUUCUAUCCGGAUCCGCCCAAGAAGAAGAGUAGAGAGCCACAGCCGGAGCCCUUUGUGGUGGGGCUCGAGACUGGCCUGGCACUUUUGCACAAGCACGGAGCAGACUGUAUGCUUCACGAAGGGCGCGAGGUACUGCAGGGCGAGAAGUGGGUUAUCAGAAGUGACCUCUGCGUCAAGCGCUGA